AUGCGAAUCCUCGCGCUGGCAGGCAUGCUGCCCCGCUCUGAGAACAUAAAGAGCAGUGCUACACCCUUUUCACUUGUGUCUUUCGGACGAGGCCGGAAUUUUAUCGUCGGUGAGUACAAUGGGAAUAGUUCAGAAACUUUCGUAGGUGGAGAACGGGUUAUCUUUAAGUUGGAGCACUCGCAUCAAAGGAUUCGCAAUAUGUUUUGUCCUGGGGAUCUAUGGUUGUAUCCGAAUAGUAACAUUUCUCAGGGUUCCAUCUUUUUAUGGCUUCCCAAAGGCCUAAUCUUGUUCGCGCUCUUUUAUACGAUUGGGAAUAUUCUUUCCCUCGGCAGUACAAUUUUCCUCAUGGGUCCCAUGAACCAGUUGCGGCGGAUGUUUCAAGAAACACGGAUUUUUGCUGCAGUCAUCAUGCUGAUCUGUAUGGCAAUGACGAUCUGCGCUGCCGUCUGGUGGAAAAAUAAACUCCUCUGCUUGAUCUUUUGUAUACUGCAAUCAGGGGCUUUAACGUGGUAUUCGCUUUCCUACAUACCUUUUGCACGCUGUAGCACCCUCUCGGUGCCCAACUGCCAUGCCACCAAAAGGAAGCACGAGGGCUGGGAUACUGCCAGGUUGCCCAAGCCUAGGCAGGGUAAGUCGAGAGGCGGAGGAACCUUCCGGUCAGCAAAUUCGCGCUCUAACCAUUUGGGCUAUCUCGCCCUCCGGUCGUCGCAUGCUGGACGCUGUGAAAGCCUGUUGCACAUCAAUGAUCGCCUGAUGAUGCUGAACCUCUCCCCCUAUAUCCCUUCUGAAGCUGAUACGGUAUUGACGCUGUCUGCCACGUAUUAUCACACGGAUUCAUAAAACCAAGCAAAAAUAUCUCAGAUCACCUCAUCUGAUUUUGUUACUUGAUGCUGUGUAGUUUUUUGGAACAUUUUUCAACAGCUAAUAUGUUUUUUAUUUUUCACAUGGAUCUGGUGUGGACCAAGACUGUAACACUUUAACCUGUUUUCAGUCAUGAGUCAGCAAGAAUAAACCUGUUCACAUCCUGUUCUUUC